UCCAGGCUUAGCCAAAGGUGGGGGUGGGCCGCAGCUGGAACGCCGGACCCAGAAACAGCUUGUCAGGUCCAUGAUGUUGGGAUGCCCUCUGCUGGCCAUGAUUGGCCAUGGUGGCAGAUUGGAUUAACCCACGCUGAGGGCACCCAGAAGGGAUCAGCCAAUAAGACGUAAAACUGGCUCCGAGUCCAAGGUCCAAAGAGAUAAAUGAGAACAUUGACAAAUAAGCCCAACAUUUCAGCAACAAACAGGGACCCAAGGAUCAGGCACUUUGGGGGCUGGGGGGGUAUUUGUAGCAUAAUCUGUGACAAGAAAGAGUGUGAGCUCAAUCAUGUGUCCUUGGGGGGGGGUGGACACACAUCCUUUUCCGAGGGCACUAACCCUACCCUUGCCUCGGUCUGUGCUCUCUCUAAUCCUGCUCUCUGUUUGCCCUCCCAAAGACCGCUCACCGGGGGAAAUAGUCGGCUCCACCCUCCUCCCUCCUCCCUCCUCUUUCCCCAGCAUAGAGAUGGGGGCAGGGAACAUGGUGAAACCACACGGAUCUGGUUUUCAGGACCGCCUAUCUGCCUCCUACCCAUGUGACCUUGGACAAUUUAUUUAACCUCUCUAAGCCUCAGCGGCCUCGUGCGCAAAAUGGGAGUGAAAAUCUCUACUCCCCGCUGGGAGGAUUAAGUGAAAUGGGGCAUGCAAGGUGCUGACACACGGCACGUUCUCCACACUCUCCCUUUCUCUCUUUUUUCCUUCACACGGAUUCAAACCUUACCGAGUUCAACUCUGCUCCAGACCCCGCCCUCCACCGGCCUCCGUUUCAGCAAACACCGAGGGAGGUCCGUUGUCUCUCCUCCUCCACCCGCUGAAGUGGUCAGAGUCCAGAGAGCUGAGGGCCCUGCGUGGAUGACCAGGAAGAAGACUGUCUCCGUUCAGCCUCCGAAGCCUAACUGCCCCACCGAGAGGAUGAAAGUCUCCGUGGCUGCCCUCUCUCUCCUCAUCAUCAUCAUCCUCACCAUUACUUCAGCUGUUCACAGCCAGCCAAAAAUUCCUGAGUCGGUGAACCCUCCACCCACCUGCUGCCUGAAGUAUCAUGAGAAAGUAUUGCCAAGAAAAGUGGUGGUGAGAUACAGAAAGGCCCUCAACUGUGACCUGCCAGCAAUCCUCUUCAUCACCAGAAGGAAACAAGAGAUCUGUACCAACCCCAAUAACGAAUGGGUCCAAGAAUACAUCAAGGAUCCCAGACUACCUUUGCAUCCUUCCAGGAAGUUGGUCUAGGUUAACAUUAUUCGAUCUGAGAAAGGUCAACCCCAGAUCCUCAACUCCCCAUGGUGGUCAGGCCUCAGUGGGAGCCCAAGUUUUGGGGAAAAAAGGUGUAACCCUGUGAAAAUGCAGGCAGCCUUGUGGUCUGAAUGACAGAGUUACAUUCAGAGAAGCAGGCCAGUGAUCCCACAAAGUAAUUUAAAGUGUUUCAAAUAUAUUCUCAAUCUCUGGAGGAAAUGCCAAAGUUAAGGGAGGAGAGCAGGGAUACAUUCUUAAUGCACAGAAAAGCAUCUUUCACAUCCUCCUCCUUGCUCUGCUUUCAGAUCCGCACAUCACUCCAGCCAUUCUAAAUGAUCAGACCACCUCUGGCCUCUCACUCAUUAAGACCCAGAGGACUCUAGACUUUUCCUGUCCACCCUUAUCCCUUUUCUAGGUCUCUUUUUUCUUCUAUUAUCUUUUCUUUUAAAACAUAACUUUUUUUCUUAGCAGGCCAGGGUGGGAAUAUUCAAAUACUAGUGAUUUUUGUCCCUGUUGCAGAGAUUUUGCUGGAUUCCCUGAUAUUGGGUCUUCCCCAGGGUGACGUGUGUACAGACAGUGCCAAAACAGAAAAGGAGGUGUGAAUCCCUAGCUCCCACUCUAAGCUUUGCAUGGCAAGGGAAGGGCAUUAGACCAGGUUGGGAAUAAAAAUCUUGAUCUAAAACACAACCAUUCAAUAAAUAAAAUUUCCUUUAUUG